GAGCCAGGAAGCCUCCUGGAGGGCCGGAAACUUUCCAAGGCGCCCGCCGAUUGGCUGUACUUCUGGAAGGCGGGGCCGGGGGCCCCAGAGAGGGAAUUAGUGAGCUGGUGAGUGGGUGGCGCCGCCGCCGCCGCCCCCGCCGCCGUCGUCUCUGUAGCAGCCUUCGCCACGCCGGGGUCUUCAGCUCCACUGGGGCCAUGUCGGAGCGAGAAGAGCGGCGGUUUGUGGAGAUCCCUCGGGAGUCUGUCCGGCUCAUGGCAGAGAGCACGGGCCUGGAGCUGAGCGAUGAGGUGGCAGCACUGCUCGCGGAGGACGUGUGCUAUCGUCUGAGAGAGGCCACGCAGAAUAGCUCUCAGUUCAUGAAGCACACCAAACGCCGGAAGCUGACGGUUGAGGACUUCAACAGGGCCCUCAGAUGGAGCAGCGUGGAGGCUGUUUGUGGUUAUGGAUCCCAGGAGGCACUGCCCAUGCGUCCCGCCAGGGAGGGUGAACUAUACUUUCCUGAGGAUCGAGAGGUGAACCUGGUGGAGCUGGCCCUGGCUACCAACAUCCCCAAAGGCUGUGCCGAGACAGCUGUCAGAGUUCACGUCUCCUACCUGGAUGGCAAAGGGAACCUGGCACCUCAAGGAUCGGUGCCCAGUGCUGUGUCUUCACUGACGGAUGACCUUCUCAAGUACUAUCACCAGGUGACUCGUGCUGUGCUAGGGGAUGAUCCGCAACUGAUGAAGGUGAGCGAGUGGGUCCAAGUUGGGGCGCAAACUCUGUCUAGGAUCAGAAAUAAAGGUAGGUGUUUCAUGGGAAAGGGUCCUAGAGAGGGAAUAAGUAUCAAAGAGAUGCUAACUGCAUUCCUUCUCUUCCAGGCAGUAGAACGAGUCCUGUACCCACACCUGUCCACGUACUGGACAAACUUGCAGGCUGUGCUGGAUGAUUAUUCAGUAUCUAAUGCACAGGUCAAAGCAGAUGGGCACAAAGUCUAUGGAGCCAUUCUGGUGGCCGUAGAGCGACUGCUGAAGAUGAAGGCCCAGGCAGCAGAGCCCAACAGGGGUGGCCCAGGUGGCAGGGGGUGCCGACGCCUGGACGACCUGCCAUGGGACAGCCUUCUCUUGCAAGAGUCGUCCUCCGGGGGCGGUGCAGAGCCCAGCUUUGGGUCCGGCCUCCCGCUGCCGCCAGGGGGAGCGGGGCCGGAGGACCCUUCUCUUUCGGUGACCCUGGCGGACAUCUACCGGGAGCUCUACGCCUUCUUCGGUGACAGCCUGGCCACACGCUUCGGCACCGGCCAGCCUGCACCCACGGCUCCGCGGCCGCCCGGGGACAAGAAGGAGCCGGCGACAGCCCCGGACUCGGUGCGGAAGAUGCCGCAGCUGACGGCAAGCGCCAUGGUCAGCCCGCAGGGCGACGAGAGCCCCCGGGGCAGCGGCGGAGGCGGCCCCACGUCGGCCUCUGGGCCAGCCGCCUCUGAGAGCAGGCCCCUGCCGCGCGUGCAUCGGGCGCGCGGGGCACUCCGGCAGCAGGGCCCCGGGACCGGCACCCGCGACGUCUUCCAGAAGAGCCGUUUCGCCCCGCGCGGCGCCCCGCACUUUCGUUUCAUCAUCGCCGGGCGGCAGGCUGGGAGGCGCUGCCGCGGGCGCCUUUUCCAGACUGCAUUCCCCGCGCCAUACGGGCCUAGCCCGGCCUCCCGCUACGUGCAGAAGCUGCCCAUGAUCGGCCGCACCAGCCGCCCCGCCCGCCGGUGGGCGCUCUCGGACUACUCGCUGUACUUGCCGCUCUGAGUCGGUGAGCGCUUCCUUCUUUGUAAAUAAAUCCCGCCGCCGGAA